GCACGUGAUAAAGUAUAGUUACAACACUAGCGCAAAUUAUCAUAAUUGAUAUUUGUUUUAUAUAACUAUGUUUCUAAUUAAAAAACAAGUAAUACUUGAAAAAAGCUUUUAAACUAUCAGGUUAUAAAAAUUUAUAAGAAAUUCAAAAAAUUUAAAUUAAGUCAUUAUUGACAGAGAACUGAGAAGGAUAAAGUGUCAUCUAUCGGAAGUUGCAAAGGAAAAAUUAAAAACAAUAUGGCGCUACCCAGUGUCUAAAAGUGGGUUAGAGAAAAUUGUUUAUUUAAAUUUAAUUAUUGAUUUUAUAAGAACAUAAAUAGUUUGUGAAUUUAUUGAAAUAACCAAAAAAUACUGUCAUUGUAUCUCUUAGGAAAAAGAAACGCAUCAAAAGCAUGAAAAUAUUUACAGUAACAUACGAUUAUCUAAAUGGAUUAUAGCAAUUAAAUACGAGGCACGUUUUCAGUGAAUUAAUACACGUUUUGAAUACACUUGUCAAUAAUGAUCUCAGCAAUAAAGAGAUCGUCACAAUUAUUUAAUUGUUCAUCAAUCCGGUCUUUAUUAUCAAAAGAAUGUCAACAAAAGAAAGAAUUAUAUCAUAUAAAAUUAAUAAGUCAUAUUAGUUUUCGAUUUUACAGUAAUGAAAACGAUGAAAGUAACAAGGAAUACUUCAACACAGCUCUCACUCUUCACUCAUUUGAUGAGAAGGAGAGUAAAAGUAAAGAUACGUAUUUGGAAGUUUUACGAAAAUAUGAAGGACAACCAGGUCGUCAUACAGAGCGCGUUCAAUUUAUGUAUGCAGCAUUGAAAUACAUGGAUGAAUUUGGAGUCGAUAAAGAUUUAGAAUGUUAUAAAAAAUUAUUAGAUUGUUUUCCAAAAGGAAAAAUGCUUCCUCGAAACAGAAUUCAAGCAGCAUUUAUGCAUUAUCCAAAGGAGCAAAAGUGUGCGAUUUGUAUUUUAGAUAAAAUGGAAGAUAACGGUGUAGUUCCGGACGCAGAAAUGGAAAAAAUGCUAUUAAAUACAUUCGGCAAGGAAUCAAUAGCAAUACAAAAGUAUUGGAGAAUGAUGUAUUGGCUUCCAAAAUUUAAAAAUGUCAGCCCCUGGCCAAUGCCACGACCAUUGCCAAACGAUCUUUUAGAACUCGCGAAAUUGGCAAUAUGGAAAAUUUCAAGUGUCGAUGUACAAGCAGAAAUUACUGUAUUUAAAACUGAAACUAUUGAGGAUUCUAUUGACAAAACAUGGAUUGUCUCAGCCAUUACACCAAAACAGAGACAAUUACUUGAAAAUCAUCAUCCACGAACAAAAGCCAUUUAUGUCGAAGGACCUUUCCCAGUUUAUAUUAGAGAUAAAUCAGUAGAUUAUUUUGUUCUAUUGACAAAAAUUCCAAAAAGCGAUAUUUAUAAACCACCGAUAGUCGACACAGAUGAUGUUACAAAUUUUAAACCAUCAUUUUGGGAUGUAAAGAAGACUUCAAUAAUAAAUUAUCCUAGUGUUCAUGAGCAAUUACAUGAAACAAUUUUUUCCGUUUGCGCCACAGGAACAUCGUCAAAAGAUUCAGUUCUUUCAUGGAUUCGUUGUUUACAAAAAGAUAAUCCAGUUUUAAGUGAAUUGCACAUUGUCUUUACAUUGAAACAAACAACAAAAGAAGAUGUCCAAUAUUUGGAAGCGGAUCCACAAUCACAGAACAAUAGAGGUCAACAAAAAGAAAUCGACGAAAGAUAGCCUGGUUUGUUUUUUUUAUACAAUAUUGUUACAUAUUUGUAAAUAAAUAUAUAUUGAUUCAAAUUUUA